AUGAUGAGAAGGAUCUACGAGAAAUCAGAAAUGACUAUCGGCUGGCUCGGUCUAGGAGACGAUGAAGGCGAGCAAGCAAUCCAAUUUAUGAGGAUGUUAGCAAAUCACAAGAAAAGAUUAGAUUUGGUUCACCACAGAAGAGUAGGCGGAGAGAGAAGAGCGAAAGAGGAAGAGCUAGGGAAUGAAUUGAGUGACGGGAGCAAAUGGGCUGCAUUAGAGAGGUUAUUAUUAAGGCCUUGGUGGACGAGAGUUUGGACACUUCAAGAAUAUCUUGUCCCACGAAAAUUCGUCUUUCAGUGCGGGUACGAGACCAUAGAUAGACGCAAAUUGACUGCAGCAAUGAGUGCAAUCAGCUCAUGCAGGAGAAUCGAUGAGACAUUGCUGGCCCACAAAGCAUUUGAAGCUCCAUGGAUACGUCGUCGUAUAUUCCAAUGGUGUCAAAGAGGCGCUCCGGUACAAUUGAUUGGGUUGAUGGGAUACAUUUCGAAUUACAAAGCUUCUGAUCCCAGGGAUAGAGUUUAUUCCGUUCUCGGCUUGGCUGCGGAUGGAUUUUUGGCUGACCCGCCGAGAUAUCAGGAUAGUUUUGAAAGGGUUUACUCGAAUUUAGUCAAGAGUUUUGUUGAGAAACACAAGAGUUUGGAUAUUCUCUGCUUCGUAGACCGAUUCCAUUGCUUAGAACAUUCGCAUGGCCAGCCAAGACUCCCCUCUUGGGUACCAGAUUGGAGAGCUGAUGUACAGCCAUGGAUGGUUCCUGCAAUAGCUGCUCAAAGUGGUGCAAAGAACGUCGGAAACCUUCGCCCUUUAAUAUUUUUGUAUCCCGAGGGAAACAAAUACGAUGUUUUUAUGGCUGGAAAAAGCAGGGCCCCUCUAAAAUACAAUUUUUCCAGCGAUUUCCGGAUACUGACCUGUCAAGGAGCCUUUGUAGAUCUUGUCGACGGUAUUGGCGGCCUCAAGGUAGUCUACACAGACGAAGAUAAGACGAAUGACGAAGUCGCCAAGGUGUAUCAGAGCGUCGAGUCAACAAGCAUACACGGAACAUCUGAAGCUUCUCAAAUCAACGCCAAGUUAUUAAAUCAAGCUGAAUUGGAUUCUGAACAAGCACCUAGAUACAUGGAUCACAUUUUUCGCUGCUUGAUGCUUAACCGGCAAGACCGAUAUCUCAGUCAGGAUAUACCAGCCAAGGAAUUUUCGUAUCUAGAAUUCCAAGCGUUUUGUUUUGCGGCAAUGACAAGACCAGGUGAUGUACACCCCCUGUUUCUCGAUUGGUUUGAACGCAAUCGGACACUCCGAAUCGGUUCCCACUCACUCGAGCAGAUAUACAAAGCGACACCACUUCCGAACUCUGAGUUCCUCACUGAAUACGAUUUUAUGGAUAUCUCAACCAACGAACAAGGAUUCAUUUCGUGUUUCAGAGAUACCACCAAAUGA